AUGCCGAUAAAGAAACCCCCACCUGAGAAGUCCCUCCCGAAUGAGUACCCCGAAUUCGACUUCGCUCUCAGGCGAGACACUGCGGAUGUUGAUUAUAUUCCCCGGAUAGAAGGCGGCUACUUCCGCGCAGGGCUUCAUCGUCCAAGUCGCCCGUCGACCGGCCUUCUACCUUAUCAGUACUCCCCUCUCCCAAGCAGCAGCGAGUACGUCCGCUGCCUCAUCCUGCAACCUGGCCAGGCGGAUGAUGAUGUUGUCAUCAGUCUAGAGCCCAUCAGGCUAAGGGGGUCCGGUGACAAGAGCUCUGAUGAGACCAAGACCGCCUCCUUUGAGGCCCUCUCGUAUACUUGGGGCACAUCCCGGCGAGAUCGUCCCAUCACCUGCGAGGGCGGCGAGAUAUUCGUCACACGCAGCCUGGACCUGGCCCUACGACGUUUACGCCGGUCGAAGGGCCCGCCCCGGAGGCUCUGGGCGGACUCGAUUUGCAUUCACCAGGCUGAUCCUGAUGAGAAAGGGGCUCAAGUAGCCCUCAUGGGAGACAUAUACCUGCGAGCCGAGCGAGUCCUCAUCUACCUCGGCGCACACGAUUACGACCUCGCUAAAGAAGCCAUCUCGCUUAUUAGUGACAUCAACACUACAAAGCUGCAUGAAAUCGUCUCCAAAGACGACGUAGCUAUCCCAUUCGCCCAGAACGAUGAUCCCAUCAUCGCCGAUGAGCGCUGGAAGGCCUUCUCCCUCAUGCUGCGCCAGAUCUGGUUCACCCGCGGCUGGACCAUCCAGGAGGCCUGGCUGGCCCAGAACGCCGUCGUCCUCUGGGGCGACAACGACCUCGAGGUGCCGUGGCUGGACCUCGUCCGCGCGUACCUCUGGGUCGAGGGGCGCGCGGCCAACGCCGGCCUGGGCCUGCGUCACGACCUCACCAUGGCCGAGGUGCACCGCACCAUGUUCGCGCGGGCUCGCCCGGCCGAGGCGCACGCACUGGGCGUGGAUGACUGCGACGGCAGCUUCCUCGAGCUGCUCGAGCAGGCCCGCGUGGUGGCCAUGACGGAUCCGCGGGACCGCAUCUACGCCUUCUUGUCGCUCGCGGCGGCGGCUGGCGGGGAGGGUGGCAGUGAUGCCGACUUGAUCCGGACUAUUCAGCCAAACUACAAGGACUCCUUUCACCAUUCCUACUUGGAGUUUGCUCGCAGUUACGUCCGCUCGUCCCGGGAUGGACGCCUUUUACACCAUGUGGUCCAUGAUGACGAGACACUCGCCGAUACACAGCUCCCAACUUGGGUCCCGCGUUGGAAUAUUGGUUAUUACAAUUCACGUAUCCCCAUCGGCCCGACGUGCAUGACCGUCGAACUUCUCGACCUCAGUCCAGUGGCUGGCCAGCCGGAAAACUCCACCAGCAACGAUGCUGACAGUUCAAGCACCCGAGAAUGGUGCCUGAAGACGCACGGCGUGCUCAUGGACACCGUCACCUCGGUCAUCUCCCUACCAGCGCCUGAAGCCUUAGAAAUCGAAGAACACAUCGUGCCCCUCCUCGCUAGCACGUGGUUCGAUCUGGAGGAGGCCGUGGAGGGAGGCCCGCCCCUGGCCUACGCGCCUCACAUGGUCACGACGGCUGUGCUGCGAUGCCUGACCAUGGGACGGCACGCGGGCGACCCUGAGACGUGGCCGGACCACAUGCUCGAGUACUGCCAGCACGUCAAGACCUUGACCCUUGACUGGCUUCGCCGUCGCGGCAAGGUCGAUGAGAGCGGAGACGAAGAAAAGGAGGACAAGACUGUGGCCCUGGAGGAGGAGGAGGGCCAGCAGCAGGUUAGAGAGUUCACACCGCCACAGGGAGAGGAGCCAGAGAGCAAUCCUCAAGACUUUCUGGAACUCGUCGUAGCCGAGCUCGCCCGCCAGGGAAUAAGUCUACCCGUAGGCAGCGGGGAAAAAGUAACAGAGAACGAUCCUGCCUCAAAAACUCCCGAAGCCGAAGAUCACCAGCAAGGGGGCCGGAUCGAUUCAAGCAGCGGCGUGGACAAAGUCCACGACAUCGUAAAGUCGUCUACCCGCAACAGAGUCUUUGUGAGAACGGCAAGGGGCUACUACGGGCUGGCACCGGGUCCCACGACAGCCGGAGACGUCCUCGCCGUCUUGAGCGGAGGAUAUGUGCCCUUUGCGCUGCGCCCGGUGGCAGGAGGGAGACAAGAUGGCAACGCUGGCUGCUUCAAGGUCAUCGGGCAGACGUGGGUCGAGAGCGCGAUGCUUGGGCCGGUCUGCGAUGAGGGGCCAGGAUGGCAGGACUGGAGGGCAUGGGGCGCGGAGGAGGAGGAAAUCAUACUCUUGUAG